AUGUGGUCUUUAUCUUUUGGUAGAGACAUAUCUUGUCUGAGAAAUUACCUAUUAUUCUGUCCUCCUCUUCAGGCUUGUGCUUCAAACCCAUAUCCUGAUCCAUAUUUUUGGCAAGGGCAGCCUUUGGUUCAUCCUCCACUAAUUGAUAUGCAUCACGCCAGGAUGCCUCUUCCUCUUGAAAUGACACAAGAGCCUGUUUAUGUGAAUGCCAAGCAGUAUCAUGGGAUUUUGCGACGAAGAGAGUCGCGUGCCAAAGCUGAGCUUGAAAAGAAGUUGAUAAAAGCACGCAAGCCAUACCUUCAUGAGUCCCGACAUCAACAUGCUUUGAGAAGAGCAAGGGGUUCUGGAGGACGAUUUGCGAAAAAGACAGAUGCCAAUGAUUCAAUGGGAUCAUGUUCCAGUUCAGCCAUCUCAUCACAUGGCAGCUUUGAGAGGCCAAAUAGCUCACAGGAAGUAACACAAGAUUCUGUCAAUGGCGCAGGAGGAUACUUACCAGGCCAGUUGUGUGGAAAUGUGCCAUCUAAGCAGGUGGAUUCCAUGCCUUGAUCCAUACACCCAUUUGGGGGUCAAAGAUUGUACUUCUGAGCUGAGGGAGGUACAAUCACCAGUCAUUUCUCUUGGCUUUCUUAUGCUGGGCGGCAAUUCAUUCUUGGCUUUGUUUCUUCUGUUUGAGGUGGGUUGGGUUUAGACUUGUGGCUUAUAAAAGAUUCCAUUUUGUUUUCUCAUCUGUUGUGUAAAGGAAUAGACUUAGGUAGAAAACAGAGAGAGAACUUCCUGGUAGGAUCUUGAGACAAAUAAUUUGCUUUAUUUAGGGACAAUGUU